AUGAAAGGGCAAUGGCCGUCUGUCGGCGAGAACAAAUACAAAAGAAAAUGGUGUGGAAAUGCGCAAUUCGAGAUGGGAAUGCAAGCUGUGAGGGGCGAGAGCAAAAGCUUCCUAUUGCAUGCGGAGGUGAGGUCGAAAAGAACGAAGCAAAGAAAAGCAUGCACGAGGUAUGGUCUCGCGAGGCAAAAAGACAAGACUCAAGCCGAGAGUGUGCGUGUGAGAGGCAAGGGAUUGUGGAGGGAAAAGAACAAGGGCAGAGGAGGCGACAGUGAGCUUAAUUCGCGGAGGGGCAGGAGCGAGCGAAAGAACGCAAUCGAACCAAAAGAGAAGGACGCAGCAAAGUGGAGGCAAGAGCGUUGUGAGCACGCGGACGAAGAGCAGGAAAAGCAAUUUUGGGGGCCACAGAGCGCAGUUGUUUCUACAACAUACAUCCCUCGUGCCUGCCGUCCAGUACGCGAAUAUGAGUCGGCAAUUUUCGUCGUAGCGGAGUUGCGGCUUGCUGGUAGUAGCGAUCGCGCUGUCGUGCGUACAACAGUCGAAAAGCACGGAUUCGGAGUGCAGAUUGUGGAGCCCAAGCACUAA